GGCACAACAUCCAGUUCCGCCCCGUCGUUUUGAGAACGUGAAAGUGAGACCAGAGUCAUGGCGGGACGUCUUCUGCUCCGCGCUUGCUCGACGGCGGCAUUACAGCUGAGACGCGACGUCGCGGCUCGACCGCUGCAACGAGCCUUGGCUACAGGGGGAGGAAUCCCGACAGAUGAAGAACAGGCCACCGGGCUGGAGCGCCGCGCUAUGCAGGCCAUGAAACAGGGACAGGAUCCCUACAGCAUGAUGAAGCCCAAAUCCUACGCUGGAACCAAGGAAGACCCGAACAUUGUGCCAUGCAUUGGGACCAAGAGGCUGGUGGGCUGCCUCUGCGAGGAAGACAACGCCACAAUCAUAUGGUUCUGGCUUCAUGAGGGAGAUGCCCAGCGCUGCCCAUCCUGUGGUUCCCACUAUAAGCUGGUUCACCACGAGCUGCCCCACUGAAAGCGAAUGUAAAAAAAAAAAAAAAAAAAAAACACAACCCAGCGCUUUGGAUUUGCCUCCUACUUGGCCAUAAACUGCAGUGUGUGCAUAUCAUUGAACAUGUACAGUGUGUUAUUAAACAUAAAACAUAAAACUGUU